CUCUAGAGAGCUAGUUUUGCAAGCCCCCUUGAUGUUGCAGAACCAUCAGUUCAUCGAGGGCCUCGAUUUCUGUCAUCUUUAUGCUACGAUGGAACUAUUGAUGUCUCUAUUUAGGGUUGUGCCCUGGAAGUUUGUGUUCAUAUCAGUGUUUUUACCUUUGUUGCAUGCGAUAUUAUGUAAAGUCUGCAGAGCUCCAAAAUUGCCAGAACGUGGCCCCGCAGCCUAUCCAAUAAUCGGCUGCUUGAUUUCCUUCUACAAAAACCGCACUCGUUUGUUAGAUUGGUAUACAGAGCUCCUUGCAGAAUCAGCCACCAAUACAAUUGUGGUGAACCGGCUAGGUGCUCGAAGAACAAUUGUAACUGCAAACUCGGAGAAUGUUGAGUACAUGCUCAAGACCAACUUCAACAACUUCCCUAAAGGCCAGCCUUUCACUGAAAUUCUUGGUGACUUUCUUGGCUACGGGAUAUUCAAUGUGGAUGGGGAGCUUUGGCGCUUGCAACGGAAGUUAGCAAGCCAUGCUUUCAGCACCAAUUCUUUGAGGGAAUUUGUGAUGAGUACAUUGGAGGAAGAGGUGGAAAAUCAAUUAUUACCUUUGCUAGAGUCAUUGGCUGAGGCAUCAGAAGUGGUGGACCUCCAGGACUUGCUGAGAAGACUUGCGUUCAAUAUGAUCUGCAAGGUCUCAUUAGGGGUGGAUCGCUGUAAUUUAGAUACUUCUCUGCCUGUUUGGCCUCUUAAUAAAGCUUUUGACAUGGCGUCAGAGAUAUGUGCCAAGCGUGGAGCUGCUCCUUUGUUCUUGGUUUGGAAGGUCAAGAAAUGGCUUGGAGUUGGAUCAGAGAAAAGGCUAAAGGAUGCUGUGGAGGAAGUUCGUGCCUAUGUUGAGGAGAUAAUUCGUGACAAGAAGAAAAAGAUGGAUGAAAGUGGAGAGAAUUGUGGUGAAGAUCUCUUAUCCAGGCUGAUAUUUGCUGGCCAUGAUGAGGAAGUGAUACGAGAUAUGACCAUAAGCUUCAUAAUGGCAGGAAGGGAUACAACUUCAGCAGCAAUGACAUGGCUUUUCUGGUUGCUUUCCCGCAAUCCAGUUAUAGAGCAAGAACUGCUGAAAGAGAUAAAGAAUAUGGAGGAAAGCUUGUUAGAUUAUGUAUCAUUGAAGGGAUUGAAAUUGUUGAAAGCCACUCUUUGUGAAUCUAUGAGGCUCUAUCCACCAGUAGCCUGGGACUCCAAGCAUGCCCUCGUGGAUGACAUGUUGCCUGAUGGCACUCUAGUCCAGGCAGGAGAUAGAGUAACCUACUUUCCCUACGGAAUGGGGAGGAUGGAAGCAUUAUGGGGAAAGGACUGGCAUGAGUUCAGACCAAGCCGGUGGUUCAUUGAACCAACCUGCCAGGGAGGAUCAAUAAAGAAUGUAUGUCCGUACAAGUUCCCAGUUUUUCAGGCCGGUCCAAGAGUUUGUCUUGGAAAGGAGAUGGCCUUCAUUCAGAUGAAAUAUGUUGUGGCUUCCAUACUUAGGCAGUUUGAAAUCAAACCAGUGGUUUCAGAAAAGCCGGUUUUCGUGCCACUCUUGACGGCUCAUAUGGCCGGUGGACUAAAGGUUGUGAUUCAGAAAAGAGAUCAUUCAAGAUAAGACGAAAAAAUACAUUAUUUUAGUGAGAGUCAAUGGUUCUGAAUUAAAAUUGCAAGAUGCCAAUAUGCCUUUAUGUCUCAUCUGAGUUAUAGUUAGGAGGAAAUGAUUAGCUAAAACAGUCACAUAUAUAGUUAAUACGAAUCUUUAUGAUCAGAUAUUAAUCAUAACCAUUUGAAUCGAUCAAGAUCAUUGAUUCAAAAUCAUUUGGCUAUCCCUCAGGGGACUAUAUAUGGAUUGUAAAGGCAUGAGCAUAGUUAAUUAUCUCUAAUACCUAAACAGAAUGCACAUGCAUGCGUGAUUGGAAC